AUGGCUUCCUCAGAAGAGUGUCAAAAGCCCAAGAUCUUAUUGCUGGGUACUAUUGAGCACCCGAACCAGCUAACCACCAACCCCAAUUUGCAUUCGCACAGCGCCCACGACGCCUGGAAACAAAUCACCUCCAUAGCCGACAUCAUAACCCCCCAAUCCACCUCGCGCACAGAUUUCAUCACCGAAUGCGCCUCCGGCGCCUUCUCCUCCUGCCUCCUAGCCUACCGAACCUUCGACUCCACCCUCCUCACCGGCCCCCUAGACCAAGAACUGAUCUCCGCCCUGCCCCCCUCCGUCAAGUACAUCAUCCAUGUAGGCGCCGGCUACGACGCCAUCAGCAUCCCUGCCUGCACCGCGCGCGGGAUUAGGGUGUCCAACACCCCCUCCGCUGUGGACGAGGCGACGGCUGAUUGUGCUUUGUUCUUGCUGCUGGGGGCUAUGAGGAAUUUCAAUGCUGGCAUGACUGCUUUGCGGAGGGGGGAGUGGCGGGGUGGUGAUGAGGAGCAGGUGAGGAGCGGUGAGAAGGGGACCAAAAUGCCGGCUUUGGGGAGGGAUCCCAGGGGUAAAACGUUGGGGAUUUUGGGUAUGGGAGGGAUCGGCAAGUGUUUGGCUAAGAAGGUGACGGGGGCGUUUGGCAUGAAAGUGAGGUAUUUAAAUCGGAGGAGGGAUGAGGAGGGGGAGAGGGAGUUGAGGGACCAAGCAGGGGUGGAGGUUGAGUGGGUUUGUGGUGAUGGUGAUGACCAAAACGGGGUUGAGGAGGGACUGAAGAGGUUAUUGGGGGAGAGUGAUGUUUUGAGCUUGAAUUUGCCUUUGAAUGCCAACACGAGGCACAUAAUCUCCACCAAAGAAUUUGCCAUGAUGAAGCGGGGGAUAGUCAUCAUCAACACGGCUCGCGGCGCGGUGAUGGACGAGGCAGCGCUGGUGGAAGCGUUGGAGUCCGGACAGGUGCACUCGGUUGGCUUGGAUGUGUACGAGAACGAGCCGGAGAUUCACCCGGGCUUGUUGGCGAACCCGAAUGUCAUGCUGGUGCCGCACAUGGGGACGUGGACGGUUGAGACGGAGACCAAGAUGGAGGAGUUGGCGAUUAGUAAUGUGCAGAUGGCGAUUGAGGAGGGGAAGUUGAGGAGUAUUGUGCCGGAGCAGAGGGAUAUGCAAUGA